GGGGGCGGGGUGGAGCUGCCGCAGGGCCCUUGGCCCCUCCGGGCCCCGGCGCUCGGCUGAUUCCUGCCCCGCGUCCCCACAGGCACCUGCCUUGUCGAGCGUCCUUGCCGGGGGGGCGCUUGCCAUCCCCCUGUCAAUGUUGUCUCCUCAGAGACAAGCUGGGAGCUUAAAAGAAGCUUUGUAAGGCUAGAUUGUGCCUUGGCUGCAAGGAUGUGGCAUCUCGGGUUUCCAUGAUCCUGGGGUUGUGCCAGCCAGGUGGUCAACAGCCACUUCUUAGUGACUUGGCAACCUCUUCUGCACCCUAUUUUCCUCCUACGCACAUGGGGAGCGAAGACUAUGAAAACAUCAACCAUGUAGUGGUCUUCAUGCUGGGAACUAUACCAUUUCCAGAUGGAAUGGGAGGAUCUGUCUAUUUUUGUUACCCAGACCAGAGUGGGAUGGCAGUAUGGCAGCUGCUGGGGUUUGUCACUAAUGAGAAGCCAAGUGCCAUCUUCAAAAUUUCUGGUCUGAAAUCUGGGAAGGGAAGUCAACAUCCCUUUGGUGCCAUGAACCUCCCACAGACGCCAACAGUGGCUCAGAUUGGAAUCUCAGUGGAACUGCUGGAGAACCUGGCCCAGCAGACUCCUGUUGCAAGUGCUGCUGUGUCAUCAGUAGAUUCAUUCACAGAGUUCACUCAGAAGAUGCUGGAUAACUUCUAUAACUUUGCUUCCUCGUUUGCUGUUACUCAGGCACAGAUGACCCCGAAUCCUUCUGAAGCUUUCAUUCCUGCAAAUGUAGUUCUGAAAUGGUAUGAGAACUUCCAGAGACGUCUGACACAGAACCCUCUCUUUUGGAAAACAUAAACUUAAAUUCUGUCAUUUGGAGUUCUUUCUGAAUGUUACCUGAAAGAUGUAUCAAAUAACUCCACUAAAGAUUUUCGGAGGGAAGGAGGGGAAAAAUCCAAACAACGAUUAGUCUAAAUAGACAAACUAGUAACUUUUAUAUAACUCUUGAACAGUAUUUAAAAUUAAAAUCAGUGAAAAUUACUAGUCUGCAUGUUGGUUUAUUUAACUGAAGUGCUUGGCUGCAACAAGAAAUUAGUGUUCUAUGUAGAAAUACUUCUUUGAAACUGCAUUUUAAAAAAAUUACUAGGUGAAAAAUGGCAGCACUGUGUCAUACUUGUGUCGUGCUUUGGUUUGUUGCACAAACCAAAUGCAGAUUUUCCUUUACCUCAUUUAAAGGGUGAUCAGGCAACUGUGAAUAUGCUGGUGGUUUUCCUGCUGGUACUUGCACUGUAAGUUCUUCCAUUUUGUGGACAACCAAUAUUCCUGUUCCCAACUCAUAUAAAUGGUACAGUAUUUCCCUCUUUGGCAGUAACACACUAGGAGUACCUGUCUUUAACUUUUCCUGUAUGAAACUGUAAUGAAAAGGGAAUCUUUGGGAACUUCAGCUCUGCUAGAAUUAUUCCCAGUAAAUAAGAGUUAAAUCUUGUUUCUCUUAGAAACAGAUGUGUGGUGUAUGAUAAUGCUGUCUAAAUUACUGGCACCAAAGGCUCUCACAUUUGCUCAUAAAUUUGUAGGAUUUUGGGGUGGUCUGAAUGAUUCUCAUUACGGUGCAGUUUCUGCUAGUGUGAUGGCUUCAGCCACAUGUGCCCAGGUAUCUCAUAGGUGAGCUCCAGAUGGCCCUUUGUUCAUUAGAUUAGCUUGAUGAGGAAUACUAUUUUGAACAAUAGAUCUUGCUUCUGUAAGUUACUUUCUGUAACCAAGGACUAAGACUUGUUCCCAAACCACUGGCAUGAAAAUAAAAGUUUUUACUGGUUUCAUUGA